AAAACAGGAAAAGUAUUAGAAUUAGGGCUUCUGAACCCUCACUCAUAUACGUAGUCCUUGGUUUCUCCUACAUGGUACUUUUCUUUCGACGGCACUAGUGGCUUGGGAGCGCUCCCGUCCUCAGCCCUACUACCUUUCCUGCGAGACGAGGCAAAAAUGCCAAAGCAAAUCCAUGAGAUCAAGGAUUUCCUUCUGACUGCUAGAAGGAAGGAUGCACGCUCUGUUAAGAUCAAGAAAGACAAGGAUGUGGUGAAGUUUAAAGUUCGCUGCUCUAAGUACCUUUACACACUUUGUGUGUUCGACAAAGAGAAGGCUGACAAGUUGAAGCAAUCCCUUCCUCCAGGUUUGAGUGUGCAGGACGUGUAAAGAGAGGCAGUACCUCCCAGAGUGUUUUUGCUAGUGCCAUGAGAAGUUGAGAGAUAUCUUAUGCGUUUUUAUUUUCAUGCUUCGAAUUGUUAGACCUUAAUUUCAUUACACUGCAGCAGCCCUUAGUUAACAGAAAAAUUGCAUUUUCUUUCGGCAUGACGUGUAGACUGGACUUGGUGUUACAUCUUAAUAAAAACUCAUUUCAAAAGACUUUAUUUA